UCAACAUUGGUUUUCAAGAAAAACUACAACAACAAACAACUAGCAACAAAAAUGGUUGAUCAUCAUUUAAAUAAUAAUAAUAAUCAAACAUCAAAUGUCAAUAAUAAUAAUUGUCGAUAUUUAAUUAUUGUACAUGUUGUUACAGCCGGACAACAAGAUGAUGAUCUUGGUAGUGAUGAAGAAGAAAUUGUUUUAUUUGCAUGGAUUGUAAUCGAUGUUAUAAUGUUAAAGGUACUUGAAAAACGUUUUGAAUAUGUACGACCUAAAAAUAAAGAUAUUAAUGAUAAUAUUCUGUCGGAAAUUGCACGUGAUUCAUAUGGAAUAACUGAAGAAAAAAUUAAAUAUGCUCAAACAUUAGAAAAUGUUAUCCAACAAAUGGAUCAUUAUAUAAAUACUCAUUUGAUUGGUGAACAACAGCAACAACAAUCAGCAACUUUGACAACAACAAAAUGUCAAAAUAAUUUAGAUAAAAUUGAAAAUUAUUUUGAAAAUUUAAUAAAUUCAACUGAUUCAACAUCAGAUACAUCAUGUUCAUCGACAACCACAUCAUCAUCAUUAUCACCUUUAAAUAAUAACGUUGAUGAUGAUGAUGAUGAUCAAAUAAUGAAUAAUAAUAAUAAUCAACCGGAUUAUCCAAAUAAAGAGAUUAUAAUUAAUAAUAUAAAUCAUCAUUUUAAUGAUCAACAACAACAACAACAAAUAAACAAAUUUUAUAAACAAAAUUAUAAUUAUAAUGGUAUACAUUUGAUUACGGAUGGACAAUUACAUUUACGACAAGUAUUACAUCCAGAAUCAUUAAAAAAAUCAAUAAAAUUAUCAGAAUAUUUUUAUAAAUUUUUUGAUUUACGUAAAGAAUUUCGUAAAUUUUAUCGUAAUAAUGAUAUGAAAACAUUGGAUGAUAUGAUUAAUUAUUUAUCGAUUCGUAAACAACAACAACAACAACAAAAUGAUUUGAUAACAUCGAUUACCGGCGAAACAACGACAACGACAACAACAAACACCGAUAUUACCACCGAAUCAACAAUGGAUAAUAAUUUAUUAUCAUCAACAACAACAACUAAUCAACAACAAGAAAUAAAAAAUGAAUUGGAAUUAGUACAAUUAAAAUUAUCCAAUAUGGUUACUAUUAUCAAUCAAAUGAUUAUUGAUGGACAUCGAUUCGAUGAGCUACAGAUUAUUAAUGAUAAACUGGAACCAGGAAUUUGUAGUAAAAAUGAAUUUGUUGAUAAUAAUACAGUGGUACGUGCACGUGGAUUACCAUGGCAAUCAUCGGAUAAAGAUAUUGCAAAUUUUUUUCAUGGAUUAAAUAUUAUCAAAGGUGGUGUAGCAUUAUGUUUAAGCGUACAAGGAAGAAGAAAUGGUGAAGCAUUAGUACGUUUUAUAAAUCAAGAACAUCGUGAUAUGGCAUUACGACGACAUAAACAUCAUAUUGGACAACGUUAUAUUGAAGUUUAUCGUGCAACUGGUGAUGAUUUUCUAAAUGUUGCAGGUGGCAAUAAUAAUGAAGCACAAACAUUUCUAUCGAAAGGUGGUCAAGCUAUUAUUCGUAUGCGUGGUCUACCAUAUGAUUGUACCGCUCAACAAGUGAUUGAUUUUUUCACUUCAAAUGGUCAUCAAUGUAAUGUUAUGCAUGGUGAUGAAGGUGUAUUAUUUGUAAGAAAACCGGAUGGCCGUCCAACAGGUGAUGCAUUUGUUUUAUUUGAAACAGAAGAUAUUGCUAUACGUUCAUUACAAAAACAUCGUGAAUUAAUUGGUUCAAGAUAUAUUGAAUUAUUUCGUUCAACAACUGCUGAAGUUCAACAGGUUUUUAAUCGAAAUAUGGAAGCAAGAAUUUAUGCCGAUUUGAAUGGAUUUAUUAAUUGUCAUAAUCAACAUAAUCAUCAUCAUCAUCAGCAACAAGUCAAUACACAACAACAACAACAACAACAGUCAAUAAUACCAGCUCUGGUCACGCAAUCAUUAUUACAACAACAACAACAACAACUUCAUCAUCAUCAUCAUAGUAAUCCUCAUCAUCAUCAUCACCAUCAACAGCAACAACAACAACAACAAAAUCGUAAAGAUUGUAUUAAAUUACGUGGUUUACCAUAUGAAGCUCAAGUUGAACAGAUAUUAGAAUUUCUUGGUGAACAUUCAAAAAAUAUUGUCUUUCAAGGUGUACAUAUGGUUUAUAAUGCACAGGGUCAACCAUCCGGUGAAGCAUUCAUACAGAUGGAUUCGGAACAAUCAGCAUUAUUAGCAGCACAACAUCGUCAUCAUCGUUAUAUGAUUUUUGGUAAAAAACAACGUUAUAUUGAAGUAUUUCAAUGUUCAGUUGAAGAUAUGAAUCUUACAAGUGGUUUCAAUCUACAGCGACCAUUAUUAUCAUCAGCUACACCAUUAUUACCACCACCAUUUGGAGCAUUUUCAUUUGGUCAUUUAGGAACAGGUCAUCCUACUUCGGUAACAGCAGCCGCAGCAGCGGCGGCGGCUGCUGCCGCUGCAGCAGCUACCAAUAAUGUUCAACAUCCGGUUUUAUCAUUAAAUGGUACAUCCAAUGUACAAAAUCAACAACCACAUACAGCGGUACAAGCUGCUGUUGCGGCUGCAGCAGCCGCAUCACGUUUAUCAUCAACAGCGGCAACAGCAGCUGCAGCAGCAGCCGCCGCAUAUGGUCAACCAACAACACCAUUCAAUCCAAAUCCAUUUAAUCUAGUUUAUUGGCCAUAUCCAUCACCACCAGUAUCACCAACAGCAUAUGCUGCAUUUGCUAAUAAUCAUCAUAAUAAUCAUAAUGGUCAUCAUCAUCAACCAACACCGGCUAUGGUCAAUAUGCGUGGUCUACGAUGAUAACUAAUGAUAACUAACUUUUAAAAAAAAAUCAUCCAUCGAUGUGAUCAAAUGAUAAAUUGCAAUCCCAAAAAUUAACUUAUCAAUUCAUUCAACGUAUGGUGUAUACGUGCAAUAGUAAUUUCGAUAAAAACAAAACAAAAACAAAAAUUGAACAUAUUGAUAGAAUGAAAAUAAAUUACAACGAAAAAAAGAAAACGUUGUAGACAAGACAGAUAGACAGACGAAGAAAAAAAAACAUUGAAAUUUCCGGGAAUCUAGAUCCUAGAGAUUUUGCACACACA